CCCCUUGCCAGUGUGCCGUCUGUCUCACAUUAUUAUUGAUGUGUAUUAUUAUGCAGAUUGUGAUGACUAUAAGAUAUAUCCUCCUGUGUGUCGUGUGCAGGGGCGGACUGACAGCUCAUGGGGCCCCCGGGCAAUAUGGGAUCAUGGGGCCCCUGUGUCCUUGCCCAAACUCAAAAAAGCCUAUGAAAAAGGUACCAGGGGCAUCUCAUUGGGCCCCCUACUGACCCCGGGCCCUCGGGCAGUGCCCGAGUUUCCAAAUGGUCAGUCCACCCCUGGUCGUGUGAUAAUAA